CACGGCAGUCGCAAGCCGCGGGCCGCGCCGGCCGAGCGUGCGUCAAAAUUGUCGCAACACCACACUCCGAACGCCAUUCACUGCGUCUCUUCGCACACUCCGUACAAACCCUUAACGAUUCAUUGUAUUUUUGCGUGGUGAAUUCAUAGCUAAGUGUAAGAGGAUUUUAUGGGGAAGUGUUUGCAAAUUCUUCGUAAAGCUGGAGGAAAUGAUAAAGAUGACCAUGUACCAGCUGAACCCGAUCCGCCUGAUCGAGGAGAUCAAGAAGCGGCCGGGGCUGUACCGCACCGAGCAGCCGGCCGACCGCGAGGAGAAGCUGCAGCUGUGGAAGGAGGUCGGCGCGGAGAUCUACGACGACUGGGACAGCUUCAACAAGGCCACGGCGUACGACCGGGUUCUGCAGCUGCAAAGGAAGUGGCGGUCCCUGCGCGACGCGUACAACCGCGAGCUGCGCGCGCGCCGACAGACGCCGCGAGGCAACCGACGCGUUUACAUCUACUUCAAGAGGAUGAGCUUCCUCGGAGGCUUCGAGGGCACCAUCAGCGAUGAUGACGACGACGCCAACGAAAUUAUCUUCGCCAAUCCAAACUCAGAGGAUCCAUUGUUCCCCGUCCAAACGAAACCCUCGGCCAAAGUCAAGCGGAAACGUCGAAAAAAAUCCAUGUCAUCUGACGACGACCAUCAUCAGGAAGAAAUGGAAAUGCCCGUCUUCCCCAUGGAGGUCCCGGACGAAAAUGACAGUGACAAGUUAUUUUUAAUGUCGUUUCUACCAGAAAUGAAGCAACUACCCGCAAAUGUCAAGAUGUGGGCGCGGGCACAGAUAGCAAAUGUGAUGCAGGAAGCUGUCAGCUGUCACUUUAACAAUUCAUUCCCGAGUAGCAGCAACGUCAUGGAUAGGAGUAUAGGCAUGGAUAGGAGUAUGAGCAUAGAGAGGAGCAAUAUGGCUAACACCAGUCCCAUGGUCAAGCACAGGCGGGCCAGCUCAGAGCAGUUCGGAGAUAAUAUAUAGUUUAAGAAUA